GAGUUUCAUCUGUUCUGUUGAUGUUGCAUCUUGAUUCUUCUCUCAUGAGUCGACAGUUCUUGGUUUUCCCGUCAAGAAUUUGACCUGUCGGCCCUCUGGCAUCAAUUUCUAUGUCCUCUGAUCCGGAAGAGCUCACUUCUCAGCGGCUUCUUCCUAAUCCUUGUUCGGAUUUUGUGUUUGUGCGCUAUGAUGUCGCAUAUCUGAGCUCGUAUUCACGAUUGUCGUUCUGGUGGUGAAGCAAUAGUAGUUUAGCUGUUGCUUUCAUUCCAUUUACCUGAAAAAACCCUAAUUGGUGGUUUCCUUGCUGAGAUUUCUACCGAGGAUUGGGAUCCUUAGCAUGGGAUGUAGUAACCGAACAAUGAGCGAACCGCAGAGCAGGUAAUUUUUACUCUCAUAUUUGGGACUCCUGAUUUCUACAAGUAUAGCUAUACCACUUCUCUGUGACAAGAGAAUCUUCGAGGGAAAGAGGAAAGCCAGCAUAAUGAGACCUGCAAGACAGCGAAGGGUGAGAGCGCAAAGCAUUAAUACACACACAUUACCUGUUGGGAGUGAGAACCUCAAGGAAACUGGUCGGCAGGUACGCGAAGCUAAAGCAACCAUGAAGAUGUCUAUAGAUGGGCUUUGCCCAGUGCAGGAAAUUGAUCCAUCAUCAAAGAUCAAGCUACAACUUUUCCCAAUUGAUGACGUGACCCGUGCAGGAUUGGAAAAGGCUGGGCAUCAUCCAUACUUGGAACUCAUUCUAAGAGCACGGAAGAAGAUAUCUUCUGUGUUGAAACACAUUAAGGGCAAGUGGGGAAGUUCAAGCAUUGCUAGAGGGGAGCCUGUCCUUUUCCCGUACUAUACACCUACGGAAAAGGCCGCAUCCUACAGUUGGACAGUGAAUGAUAGUGAAGUCAGUGCAGGGGAAGUCUAUGCAGCUAUUGGAUGCCCUGCUAUAUUCCGUUUGAGGUAUGGGUGGUCUUCCAAUUAUGAAACAACAACCUGCCCACUAGGGUCUAAGUUGGCUUCUGCUGCAUCCGGGCUUAUUUUACCAAACUCGGCUGGGACUUGUUCACAAACUGGAGAACCACAGAAAUGUACUGGUGAAGAGAUGAUUGAUGUACAUGAGGAGGAACAGAAGCAGACGUUGAUGCAAGAAUCUGUGGUGGAGAGUAGCAAAGAAAUGCAAGUUCCUGGUAACGAGAAAAUCUUGCCGUGUCAACCUGAAAAUCAUACGGGUCCUGAAGAAAGAGGAAAUGAGGCUCAGGGACAAUCAGCUGCAUUCUGGGCUGAUAGUUUAACCAACAUAAGCAUUGGAGGUCUGCUUUCUGAAGCAUCCUUGUUGGGAAAGAUUGACAACUUUGAAUUGAAAACAAAUGGGCGGAGUAGGCAACCAUCUGCACUCAUUUCAGAUUCAUUAGACGCUUUCAUUGCUGCUAAUACAAAUUACUCUCAAAGUCCGAUGCUGCCCCCUAGCGAGCCACGCUCUUCCAUCCUUGACGCUGAGGACACAUGCCAUGCAUUUUCCUUUAAAAGGCCGUCAUCAUCAUCAUCAAGCAGAGAUUUUCAAACUUCAAGUGGAUAUAUAGGGGUCUGCCAUCAGGAAAGUGUCCCCAAGGCCAGCAAACUUCCACAAACAACCAAGGACAAUGAAACAGGAAAGAGUCAACUUGGGACAUCACAGGAUCAUGAACAUCAAGAAUCUGCAAUGGAUCUGUCAUUUGGUUCUCAGGGUUACAAUGACGAAAGCAGCCUUGGCUUGGCUGGCAUAAAUUGGACUGACACUCUUGGUCCAUUUGAUCUCGGCUUACCCUCGAGGAAGAUUAUAAAUGGAGACAGUAUUAGCCUUGGAGGAUUGGCUCGAUGACCUUUAUCUAAUAGCUGCAAGAGUUGUCCUUUUAGAUCUAGUUCAUCAUCUUCAUUGACAUGGAAACUGUGCAAUAUAGCUGUCCUGGAUCCUGAGCUAAACAGUAGCUUUGUGAGGACUAUGCCAUGUCCUCGUCACUAGGCUUUGAUCCGUGUUCGGACUUGCACCAGUAGAUCCGCGUUGAAUCAAGGAUCUCGUUGCUUAGGAUAUUAAUCAUAAAUUGACAUUUAUCGGUUGCUAAAUUUGUAUAUGGUAUAAUAUUCCCAGAUU